UUUUCCCAACCUCUACUUGCUAGAACCCCGACGAAACACAAUCUCGUAGGAAGAAGGAGCGGAUCCAUUUUUCUCUGUCGACGAACAAGCAUUCCGCACUGUGUCCGACGCCGUUUGCGUUAGUCUUGCGAGGUUGUUCUCCAGCAAGUAGUGAAGAAGGCUUAAUCUUUGACUUCUUCUCCAGCCUCUGCCUCCCGCUCUAGCGAUCCAACCUUUGGCAUCGAAAUUGAAAGCUUGUGAGUCGUGACAUGAUGGCAUGCCUCCAUUUCCAGCAUUUUGCUUUGAGAUCGCGAGCUUGUGUUGGCAUGCUUCUACCUCUAGUUCUAGUAGUCCAGGCGUCUAGCCUUUGGCGUUGAGAUUGGAAUAAGAUGAAGAAGGGGGUUCACCCACAGAUGCAAUGGAUAUCUUAUGUAACCCAAAGUGGUAGGUUGAUGCAUGUAAUGAUGACAAAGAUACACCCUGUUGGCAAAGUCUACCACUUCCGAGCUAAGCGUCAAAUGGCUGAGAGUUUGGGCCAGAUUGCCAAGUUCAGGCGUCGUUUUGGACUACAAAAUGAGGACUCAAAUCCCAAAUGACUUGUUCACAGCUGGAACUAGGUUUCGCUCUCUAUUUAGGAGGUGGAUUGGAAAAUGACUAGGAAUUUGACGAUACUCUGAAUCAUUCCAUAUCAUAACUAAAAUGCGAAAAUAUCUGCUUUCUUUCUAAAUCAUUCCAUUCAAGCUAAGCCUUUGGUAGCAAACAGUUACGAGGGAGCAAAUUUUUGGGUAAAAGGUGGGAUUUUUACAUCAGCACUUGUGUGAAAUUACAUGUGAUCUGUUUCAUUUGUUCACUUUUGUCUAGAACUUCAUUUUUUUGCUA